GAAAAUGGCGUUUGUGAAAACUCCGCCUCCCUCGUCCGUCUCCGAGAUGGGCGAAGCUCUCGCGAGGUUGAAAGUCGCGCGCGCUUGGCGAGGCAGUUCCCGGCUCUAAAUGAUCGUUGGGUUUUAGGCUCGUGCUGUGGGGGAGAGUAUGGAGUACGCUUAGCCCUGCGCAUCCAGGCAGUGCGCGCCUGUGGUAUGAGGGGCGGGAGGAGUGGUCUCUGCCCGUGCCUGGCCCGCUGCCCCGCUCGGGAGCGGGGGAUUCAUACAUUUUUCCUAUAACUUAAAAGAAAAUGAGUGCAUCUAGUGUUGCAGGAAAAGUGGAAACCUGGCUUUCUUCUACGUGGCAUGUUAAAGUUCCUCUGACAUGGCUAGCAGCUUGUAUUAACUGGAUCCAACAAGAAAAUGGUUGUAAUUUAACUCAAGCUCAAAUUAACAAACAGGUAUUUGAGCAGUGGCUUCUUACAGAUCUGAGAGAUUUGGACUAUCCUGUUUUGCCUAAUUGCAUCUUAGAUGGUCCAAAAGGAGAACUUAAUGGCUUUUAUUCCAUACAGAUUGAUUCACUGGUGGACGUUAGCCAGCCUGCGUAUUCCCAAUUGCAAAAGAUAAGAGGGAAAAAUACUGUAAAUGAAGAAGUAACAGCCAACACUCAGGCACCCCAAAAGUCCUGGGAAGCAAAGCCUACUCGAAUGCUCAUGCUGCAGCUAACUGAUGGAAUACAUCAAAUUCAGGGUAUGGAAUACCAACCCAUUCCUGUCCUCCAUAGUAAUCUUCCUCCAGGUACAAAAAUUACAAUACAGGGUAACAUUGCAUAUCGUCUUGGAGUUCUUUUGUUAAAAUCAGAAAAUGUGAAAUUGUUGGGGGGCGAAGUAGAUGCUCUUCUAGAGGAGUAUGCUCAGGAAAGAGUCCUUGCCAGGUUAAUUGGAGAAGCUGAGAACCCUAAUCCUGUCAAGCAGCGUGAUCAUGAACAAGGAAUUUUAGGAGCUGUUGAUGAACUAGGACAAACUCUAGGACCUUCAGAUGAAGAGCUUCUAGCAAGUCUUGAUGAAAGUGACGAAUUUACCAUAAAUCAUGCAAUUCCUUUAGAAAGUGGAUAUUGUAGCAGAAGUAACAACUCAAAUACAGCCACACAUUUGCUCCUUUCAAGCAAUGAAAACUACUCACAACAGGAAUUUGGGAUGCUCUUGCCUGGGGCAAAUGAAGAACAAAGUGUUCAAACUGUGGAGUAUGCUGAUGGAGAUUUAGAUGACCUCUCAUUGGAAGAUGACUUGUUUUUAGAACAGGAGAUCCAAGAUGAAAUUCAGACAGUGCAGUCACCGGUCAUAAACAAUACUAUAGAUAUGAUUACACAAAGAUUUUCACAUAUGCCUAGAUCUUCACUAAGUUACAUGUCUGAAAAAGAUGGCAGAGGUCAGUUGGAUUCAGUUAUCAAAGAAAAAUCCUGUGGGAGAGAACUGUCUGGUGAUGAAAGUAGUACAAGUAAUUUUUCACUACACGAUAAUGUACAACACUCCCAGAGCUUUACCAAUGAUUUCUCCUUGGAAAAUGUUCUUGAACAGAAGUGUAAUAAGAUAGAUGUAGUUAAGAGCAGUCAAAACUGUAGUUUUUCUGGCAGCAGAUUGUUAAACGAAAGACCAGUUAAACAACCUAAUUCAGAGAUAAACAAACAAAAUUGUGUACAAACCUUUUCUUACAGAACAACAGAGAAAUGCAAAAGUCUUGAGUUAGAUUCCCCACCUUUUACAUAUAUUUCUGUUCUACUCGCAUAUACCCCAGAAACUGUUGCAACAGUGAAAGUUAAAGCUUUUAUUGUAACCCUUACUGGAAAUCUCACAAGCAGCAGUGGCUUCUGGAGUAUAAUGGCAAAAAUCUCUGAUGGUACUGCGUAUCUAGAGGUAGACAUUGCUGAUGAAAUUCUAACAAGCUUAAUUGGAUUUUCAGUGCCUGAAAUGAAACAAUUAAGGAAAGAUCCCAUUCUACAUCAAAAGCUUAAGGAUGGUUUACAGAAAUGCCAAAGAGAACUGAUAGAUCUUUGUUGUUUGAUGACUAUUGAAUUUAAUCCCUUUCAGUCUAAAGCAACAUUACUAAUUUUACAGGAUGUUGAUGUAGUAGAUCUAGAAAACUUGAAGAAACGUUUAGAUAAAUAGUUGGAGGAAAAAUCUAUUAAAAAGUAGUCUAAGGAAAGAUGUAAUUCAAGGCAUAGCAAAUAAGUGUUGAGAACUCCAUUAAGAAGUCCAGUGGUUUGUGUUUGUUUUUAUUAAUGUCAGGGAGGGACGGUGGGGGAGGGGAAUAGCCAUUCUUUAAAGGGGGAAAUAUUUGAUUAAAAAUUACAAAUAAACUUGUUUUGAUAAAAUGUU